AUGGAUGGAACGUGCGCGCGCAUGUGUGCAGGGAUCUGCACGUGCUUCAACGCGGACGCGUGCGUGGACGAGUGGAGCUUCAGCCCAGCGUGGAUGGAGCCGGCGGAGGGGAUGGGCACGGACCGCGUCGAGCCGGCUUCCAAUUGGACCGUCGGCUCGCUCUGCACCGCCAAAGAAAAGGGCGACCCGCAUUUCACGGGCGCCGACGGCUCACAUUUCGACUUCAGCGGCCGGCCCAAUCGCAACUACGCGUUGAUAUCAGACGCCCACGUCCAGGUCAACGCGUUCUUCGGCGGGCGCUACGGCGUCUGGGCCAAACACGCGAAGGCGCUGACGUGGAUUAGAUCGCUCGCCGUCAUGACCGGCCACCACCUCCUCAUCUUAGACGCACGCCGCGGCGCCUCCGCGGAAUACGGCGACGGCUACUUAGCUCGUAUGGUAGUUGACGGCAAAGUUAGGGAGUUAGAUACCCCUGGAACUAGCGUCCAGCUUUGGCCGGGAGCCGAGCUAGCGUGGGUUGUGGGGGGGAAGCGAGACGGGAACGACCUGAUUGACGUUUACGAACUGAGAGUGGCGAAUGUGGUAACCCUUCGCGUCACGUUGCGACCGGAAAUCGCGGCGAUGCGCACGGCGACGGAUGGGACGGUGCACAUGUCGAUCGGCGUGGAUUGGGCGAGCCUUUCGCCCUCCGUGCACGGCGUGUUGGGGCAGACGUUCCGACCUGACUUCAUCGGACGGCUGAGAAACACAGGGCAGAAGUGCCCUCCACAACAUUCCUCAUUCUGCCUCCUUUCUCCUCCAUUCCUGUCUCCUACCUUCCCUUCUCCUCCCUUCUCCUCCCUGCUCCUCCCCUCCCCUCCCUCCUUCCUUCCCCACACCCUUCCCCUUUUUCACCCCCUGCUUCCGGCUCCGCCCUGUGUCAGAGCCGAGCAGCAGCUAGUGCACAGCGAUCUAUUACACGAGGACGUGGUGCCAGGGGACAACGCGGAGGGCUUUAUCGACGGCACGGUUAAGGACUAUCAGGUGUCAGUGCUCAGCAAGGCGGACUGCCGCUUCUGCCGCUUCGCCCGCGCACAACUGGUGGAUGAGGAGAUGGCUCGGGCGCUCGAGCUGACGGGAGGGUUCUUGCACGCAGGUGUCGGGGUCGUGGGCGGCGGUGGGUAUGGCAUGAAAUUGCGAGGCGGGCCGUUCUCUUCUGGAGAGGCUCUGCUGAUGGAUGCUGAGUGA